AUGUCGAGCUUCUUCCAGUUCACGCAGGGCACCGAGUCGCACCACGUCCGGCCCUCGGACUCGUCGCCCCUCCUCGGCCGCUUCCGCGCCGUACCUCCGCGCCCGGGGCUAGGACAGAAUCGCUACGGCCAGCUGGGUCGUUUCGGCGACCGGCUCGCGGCCAACGGCGGCGGGAGGGGCAGCGUGCAUGUCGGGUACGGGGCCCUGGUUGCCGCCGAGCUCGAGGCCGCCCAGCAGGAGGAGGAAGAGGAGGAACACGACGACGACACCGACGACGACGGGCCGCCGCCAUGGAAGCGGCUGUGGCGGGCAUACGCUCUGGACCUGUGGGUGGCUCCCCGGCACUCGGCCGUCAGGAAGGUGGUUGAUGUGUGGUGGAGUCGGUAUGGGCUGCUGGUGCUUCUGCCUGCGAUUCUGGCCGUCGCCUGGUGCUCUGUGCCGUUCCCCCAGUACCCCUUGAAAGACCAAGGCAAUGGGAUCGUCGGCGACCCCAAUGGAGAGCCGCACGAGGGACACAAGACGCCUGGCCAUGGAGAGGCGCGGGUGCGCGUCAACUUUUGGUUCUUCCUCUUUGUCUACUACGGCUUCUACAACCUGACGGCCCUGAUAUGGAUCACAAAGGUCUUUAACUUGUACAGCCUAAACUGGUGGCCGCAGUCGCUCGGCUUCCCCCUGACUGUGUCCCUCAUCGCCGUCGUAUCCCUGGCCGUGCCCAUCCCCCUCUACUUCAGGCCCGAGACGCGGUUCCUGACGAUCCACAACACGGCAUGGAUAACGUGGACCUUCUUCACCAUGGCCAUGCCCGUCGCCAUUGCCUUCAUGAUCCUGCUGACGAAUGAGCGACACAUGAGCCUGCGCCACUCGCUGUCGGAGACGCAGCGCAUCUUCACCUCGUCGUGGUGGACCGGCGAGCCCGACGCAGCCCCUGGGCGAGACUACCGGAGGCGGCGCUACAACGGCGACAACAGCCUGGAGCCGCGGAUGCACGCACCGCUGCCGGCGCGGCCGCAGGGGAGGCGCAGGUGGCUGCCGGCAAGCUUUGUUCGCUUCCUGUGGUUCUGCGUGGCGCUGUCGGUGGGCCUGAUGGCGUAUGUCAUCGGCGAGGCCUAUGCCGAAAUGUACCUGCGCACGCUGCCGCACAACAGUCUGGAGACGGUCGUGUACGUCUACGGCUGGGUGGUGACGGUGCAUCUGCUCGACGCCCUGACGGGCUGGGUGCUGGGCAUCCGCGAGGGCGAGCGAGUCGGGAGUUAUCCCCUGAGCUGGGUCUUCAAGCUGUACUUCAUGUUGACGUACCAGAUGUACGUGCGGGCGCUGUAUGCACGGCUGCGUUCGCCGUCGCAGUUCAUCAUCCUCCAGGUGCUGUCGUCGACGGGGCUGGUUGUGAUGACGCCGCUGAUGAUGACGCGGGCCUUUCACCGAGCGCUGACGCUGCUGGGGCUUAACGGGCAGAGCUACGGCUCGUACCAGAAGCUGCAGACGCGCAAUGUCUUCAUCCGGUUCCUGGCCGAGAACGCGUCCAUGGCAGCCUUUCUGGGCAGCAUCGCGGUGCUGCACUUUGGCGCCAACAAGGACGUGUACCCGUACUUUGCCUUUGACGACGCCGACGAGCCGUACGACUUUCGGCUGACGUUUUUGGCCUCGUCGGUGACGUGGGCGUGCGAGCUCGUGGCCAGCUUGGCGGUGCGCGGCCUCAUCCGCCUCUGCUUCGGCGUCGACGUCGGACUCGAGGGCAAGCUGGACCUGGCCGUGUGGCCGGAGCUGCUGCCGACGAGCGUGACGGUGACGCUGCAUGUGCUGCAGAAUAUGAUUUUUUCCAUUAUACGACUGCAGUUUUACGAGUGA